AUGUAUGUAAAAUUUUUGGCCAAUACUCAUCCAUCAAUCAAAUGGGGUCAGAAAAAAGACCACAUUCUAUUAACAAUUGCUGUACAAGACAUUGAAAAACCUGAGAUAAGUAUUGAACCAACGAAACUUCAUUUCAAAGGUCAGCAAACAAAAGGAUUAAAAUAUGAUACAAUACUUGAAUUUUUCGAUGAAAUUGAUCCAAAAACAUCAAAACAUCGUAAAACAAGUCAAAAUCAUUGGGAAUUUAUGCUUAAAAAGAAAAAUCCAAACAAACCAUUUUGGAAACGACUAAUAAAAUCUACAGAAAAAUGUCUAUGGAUAACGGUUGACUGGAAUCACUUCACUGCUGAAGGUGAUGACGAUGAUGCUGAUGAUAUGGGUAGUGCUGGUGGUAAAGAUUGGGGUAAUAUAGAUGCCAUGUUGAAACAAAUGGGUGGUGAUGUUAGUGGCGCUGCUUCAACUGAUUUGAAGGAUGUUGAUCAUAAAGAAAUCGAUAGUGAUGAUGAACCCAUGCCUGAUCUUGAAGAUGUACAAAAAAAUGAAUGA